AAACAGAGCUGGUCCUGAACCACACAGACGCCACCCUGUCCGAGGGUCCAUUGGUUAGGGCUGUUGGCUGGAGGCUCUCAGAGCUGUGGGGAGGGAAGGGGACCCAACUCCGGGCAGAACCCGUGCCCUGGCUCACCCAGGGGCUGCUACUGAUUUGUGCCAAAGGGGGCUUGAGUCAGGGACAAAGGGCAGCCCCCAGAGUGCUCUGGCUGGAGCUCACGGAAGGAAAGGGAGGCAGCUGCCUUUUGUCGUUGGGGGAUACAUAGGCCUCGUUAACGUUGCUGAGUGGAGUGACUUAUUCAAGGUCACGCUGAGACAGCCGCAGAGCUGGCUGAUGACUGGUAGUGUUUUACCUACCUAGUCUCAGAGCCUUGACAUUGACCUUACCAGGUAACUAUUACAACAUUCUAUGGAAGGGCUAUGGAGUUCAGAGGUAGAAUGACAAGCCCAAGGUCACAUAGCUGGUUAGUAAAGGGCUGGGUUAGAGCCCAGGGCUACGGGUGCCACAGCCCAUGGUCCUUGCCACCUGCUCCAUCAGGUCCCCGACUCCCAGGGACCUAUGCCUCCCAGGAGCUAUGCCUCUACCAGUGUCAUUUUAUCCUGGUGCCUCUGACCCCACUGAACGAGGUCAGGGGGUGGCUCAAAGCUAUCGUUCACUCUGUUCUGUCUGCCCUCCCUUGUCCCCCAGACGUGGGGCUGGUGGCUCCCAAAGGCCCAGUGCCCACCCGGGUGAUCGAGGCCUCUUUGCAUGGUCACUGCAGUAAGUCCCCAUGUCCACGGUGGCCCAAGGAGCCUCUUCAUUUCCCUGCUGUGGCCGGGGGCCCAGCCGCAGGCCUGGGCUGGAGCGUGAACCAUUUGACUGAGGCUGGAUGUCCCUGCCACCGCGGUGCCGCCAGUGGGGCGUGCAUGCUAAAGAAAUGAGGGGCCACCAGUGCCCUGGUCGCCAGGCAGACCUGGAGCUCCUGGGGGGCAAGAGGAAGCAGCAGGGUGCAGACCCACACUCUUCACAGAGUCACGCCUUCAUUUUCAUUAAUUCCCCUACCGACACAUUCGUUAUCACAGUUCCUGUAGGUCCUCUGUCUAGAGGCGGCGUAGGAGAUAGUAAGAGUCACCAUUACUUGAACGCAGGCUGUGUGCCGGGCGUUGCGCUAAAUGCUUUAGACGUCACACCCUCGGAUCCUCAUCGCAGCCCCCGAAGGGACAUCCGUUAGUCCCAUUUCACAGACGAGGAGACUGAGGCACGCAUGGGUGAAGUAACCAGUGCACCAGUAGGAGGUGACUGCCUGAGUUUCUGUUUCUCAUGUCUGCCUGCCUGGGCACUGAGCACGGCCUUGAUGUCCUGCCUUAACCCCUCUUACCUGUGCCUUGGCCUCCCCACUCUCAGAGUUGACGUUUCUGUGGGAGCUGAGGAUCGAAUGACAUGUUUUAGAACAAAAUGCCAGGUCCUGUGCCCUGCAGAGUGAGAUGCUCAGUGAGUGAGAACUUACCUUCGCCCACCCUCUCAAUACCCUCAUCCUGGAUGCCUGUGCCCAGGAAGGAGAUGAAGCUGGGCUUCCCUGAGCACCUAUCCAUGGGCAGGUGCUCCUGCUAAUUAGCUUGGACCACACCAGCCUGGGAGGGAGGGAGUAGUAUUUUGGCCCCAUUUCACAGAUGAGGAAACGGAGGCUUAGGGAGCCUCAGGGAGACUUGUUCAGUAAGCGACAGGUACAGGGGCAAGAGCUGGCUAUACCAGCACCCCCUUGUCCUGGUCCCUCGAAGGAAUGCAGCAGCUUCUGGGUGGGAGCCAUCCAGCAGGUGGAUGGGAGUAGGUGUGGCUGACACUGGCUCCAGACAUAGCCAGCCUUGUCCCCCUCCCCCGGGUUGUUGACAGCCACCCUGGAUGGUGGAGCAGGUACCAUAUGACCCUAGGUGCCGGGGUACAUGAGCAUUCUGUUCUGGGGCUCUGCCAUGCCCUCCCUCCAGGCCCCAGGUGCGUGGCAGGUACUCUUCAGUCUCGUGAGCAUUUGGUGCACAGAGGCCAGGGCGAAACGAGGGAGCUGAUGUUCUGCCGGGCACCUGCUUGGUGAGGUGCAUCCGGGCAGGUGUUGUCGGAAGGAGAGUGAGGCUUGUGGAGAGAUCUGAGUCUUAGGAAGGAGAGUCAUACAGAAUCAUAGACCCUAGCCCUUUACUGGGCCUAGAACCGAGGGUCCCAUGCCAGUUCCGUACUAGGACAAAAGCCAUCAACACUGUAACGUAAUAUUCACUAUCAUGUAUGAGGUAGGUGCUUGAUGUAUUCAUCCCAUUUAAUCACCCUUGUUUGAGGUGGCUGUGCGCAUUUUACAGGCGAGGAAGCUGAGCGGAGUUAGGGCCUGCUGGUUGGCCCCUGUCCAGUGGUGCGGGUGGGGCCGUCCAGAGCCCCACAGAACAGGACCAGCCCCCUUCCCCAUCCCAGCCCUUUAUGCUCCCUUUAGCGACUAUCACCUUUUGGGCUCUUAUUGGGCUUGUGGUUGUUUGGAAUCUUCAGAUCUUUUUCUGAAUGAGACAAAGCUGGCUUGCGUGGAUCUCUGGACUCAAGAAGGUGUCCCAACCACAGCAGAGUCCCUCCUUCAGGCCUUAGCUGACCCCUAGGUCCCCAGCUUCUAGGGGUCACCCUACCCAUUACACUUUUGACAUCUCAGAGGGGUGACCAAUGAGGCUGGGUCCUCUGAUAACCAGCUCUGAGGCCUAUCCUGUGCCCUCUUCCAAGGUGUCUCUGAACCAAGCCAGCUGGCUCAGGGGCUGUGCAGCUCCCAGACCCUCCUUGGGGAAGCCCUGCCUGCCUACCCCUGUUCUACCCUCAGCUGGAUUGGAGCUAGGUUUCCAGCUGCCCAAUUUUGUCCUGGAGGAGGCAGUACUGGUAGGAAAGAGACAGGGGAAAUGGUGGGUGGGGCACAGAAGCAAACAGGAUGUACAAAGGUGGGGUAGGGGAGAGAAGCCGAUGCAGCACCCAGUCCCUGGGGUCAUGCCCCUUUUGGGGGCUCCCCCCUGCACUCUAGGCCCCUCCAACCACCAUGGCGGGGAGAGGGAGGAAGUUCAGGGCGGCCCCCUCCUGCCCAAAGCAAACAUGGCUAGUUCCUUUCUAUAAGCACCCAGGGAAGCAGAUGUAAGGCAAAUGGGCAGCAUCUCCCGGGCCCCUAUUUCCAUGGCUCGCCCCUGCCCCAUGAACUUUGCAUAAGUCUGUCAUGGUUCUCCAUCACCUUGGCAACCAGUAGCCACACAGGUGUGAUCAUGGGGACCUCGGGCCCUGGACUGGGCCGUGAGGAUGGCAGUGUGUUCAGCCUGGGCCACCGUGGGGCAUGUGCUCUGGGUGCAGCCCUGAAGGAGAACUGCAGGGCCUUGGUGUUCCUGGACAUUUGUUCUCAGGGCAGCCAGUGCCCUAGCCUCACCCACUUGCCCUUCUUAGGUGAUGUCAAGGCUAGAGGGGACCGCGGAGAUCAUCCAGCCCAGGGCAUCUCAAGGGUCACGGACUGAGCCUUGUGUCUUCCUGGAUCUGGGCGCACGGCUGCAUCUGUCAGUGUGUGUAUUAGUGUCCAGGGUUUUCAUCAGAAUCUCAAAAGGAUCCUUGCCCCUGAAAUGUUAAGAAGCACCGAGUCCAUUUUACAGGUGGGGAGACUGAGGCCCAGAGAAUGGAAGCCACUUGUGUGAGGGCAGCCUUCAGGUUGGGGCAGAGCUGAACCAGAAGCCAAGACUUCUGACUUUCUAUCCAGAGCUCCUUCUUCAGAUUUUAGUCUUCAGAGAAGAUCAUCCAUCUGGACUAAUAGCCCCCACUAAGCAGGGGGACCCCAUCAUUCCUUCCUCAUUGGAGUGCCUUGGCCAACACCAUUCCCAUGACCCCCCAUUAGGGUCUUGGAUUCCUCCAAUCCACAUACUUGCCAUGUGGCUUUGAAUAAGUUACUGUCCCUCUCUGAACCUCAGUCUCCUCAUCUGAAAAAUGGAGAGAUAAUAACAGCACCUCAAAAGGUAGUGAGAAUAAAACGGGAUGGCAGCCUGGCAUAGAAUGAGCCCUGCAAACGUGUUAAUGAUAGAAAUAACUUGUGCUCAUUAUCCCCAUCCUCCUCCCAUUCUUCGUGGCACAGACGCUGCCUCCCCCGUGGAGCUCUUGGCUGGCCCACACCUUCCCUCCUCCUUACCCCUUCUUGGCAACCAGCACAGCGUGGGUCAUCAUAGAGCUGUCCCGACAUGCUUUUGACUUGAUUGGAGCCCAGGGGAAAUCCACCUGCUUUUCCGGCCCUUUGGCGACUGGCCCUCUCUGGGCCUCAGUUUCCCCAUCUGUAUAAUGGGUAGGUUUGUGGAGCUCUGCAGACCCUCUCAGCUCUGAUACAAUACGCCACACUAUGGAUGGCCCUGGUGCCCCUGGCAUCUUCCAGCAUGUGCUGCCUUCACGAGCACAUGGCCCUGAUUUCUGUCUCCAGACCGCAAGCCGUAUCCCUAGUGUGUCCUGGCUGUGUCCCUUGUGCCCCACCCAGCCCUGGCACAUAGUGGGCUCUGCUAGUGCCCUCUGGAUACAUGGUUUUCUCAGCCACUCUUGUCCUCCACAACGCCACACCCAGGGGGCUCCAGUUAACUUAGAUGCUCUUUUUCUCUACCAACCCCUUACCCCCAAGCUUUGCUAAAUAAUCUGACUUGACUGGGAGCCUCCAGAACAUUCCAGGGCCACCCAGCAACUGGCAUCUUUAUUCUCCCUCUUCAAACUGACGCACACACUCAUUGUGCCUGGAACUGGUCCUUCACCAACACCUUGGCCUUGAGGUGGGACCUGCACUGGGAGAGGGCGGCACCAGUCCCCACCCCCGUGGUGGGUGUAGCUCCUGAGGGCAGAACACACCCAAAUCAGACAGUACAGGGUUGAGAGCUUGGCAGCUUGGGUCUAAAUUCUAGUGUCAUUGGGAAUUCCCUGGCGGUCCAGUGGUUAGGACCCGGUGCUUUCACUGCUGUGGGCCCGGGUUCAGUCCCUCAUCCGGGAACUAAGAUCCCGCAAGCUGUGCGGUGCGGCCAAAAAAAUUAAAAUAAAUAAAUUCUAGCGUCACUCCCUAUUAAAUGUGUGCUUUUCGGCAAGUUGCUUAACUGUUCAGCUUCAGUUUCUUCACUUUAAAAAUGGGAGUAAUAAUGGCUGCUUUGCAGGGUAGCUAAACGAUAUGAUGCACAAAAAGUGCUUGGCACUGUGCCUGGCAUACGAUACACCCCAGAAAAGUGCUGUUUAGUUAUUGUCUUCACGGCUCCCUAAGUAUCUGGCCGGGCAGAGGACAGUGGUCUCGGGGGCUCCUAGAACGCCACCAGGGACCGCGUUCCAAGGAGGCCAAUGUGGCUGUAGUUUGGGGCACACAGCGCAGGAGAGAGCAGGCGGGGCAGGAUGCGUGAGCUGGGGCCAAGCUGGGGAGGCCUUGAAAGCCAAGGCCAGGAGCUCGGCUGUGAUCCUACAGCAAUGUGGAGUCCCAGGGGGCGUUAGAGCCAAGCUGUGAUAGACUCAGAGCUGUCCUUCAGGGAUUUAAACUGUCAACCUGAGGCAGACGGGGAGGUCCAGACAGGAAGUUAUAAGGGUCUGAGCUUGGGGUGUGGCAAAAGGGGGAGGAGUCUGGAGAGAACCGAUAGACACUGUGAAUUAGUGCUGGGGCUUUUGACCUGCUGACACGGAGGGUGAAUAAGUUCCAAAGAGGACCUCCCCAUUGUACAGAUGAGGAAACUGAGGUCAGGAGAGGGGAGAGCUAGGACCAGAACCCACACCUCCAGACAUCCCAUGCAGGGCUCUUCCUUUCAUUCUAUGGGUUGGAUCUCCCCACCCCCCACUGUUUGACAUACACCCAGAGAGGGCCAGGGCCAGGCCCCAAAUCACGCAGCAAAUCCUGCAUCUUUCCACAGCACCCAGAGGCCUCCCCCUGUUGUUUUCAAUGUCUGUGGGUUGACUCCACCCCAGGGGAGGUCAGGGGCGAGGGAGGGGGUGCUCCCUCUGGAGUUGCUAAAUUCACAGCCAGUAUCUUUCAGGGUAACUUCGAGAAGAUUUGGGCUCUUUCAGCUGGGCUCAGAGCCCGGGGUGCCCCCCAGGGCAGUUCAUUUCAUUACAAGAAAGGACAAUCUCGCACUCUGGCAAAUUUACCUUUCUCCAGGGUCUGCCCUGCACCCCGCCGUUCACACAUGCCUUCUUAUUUAAUCCCCACACCGAUCUCAUGAGGCUAGAAUUAUUAUUCCUAUUUCAGUAGCAAACAGAGGCUCAGAGAGCUUAAGUAACCUGCCCAUUCUCACACAGCACACAGAGCUGAUGUCCAGUCCAGGCCGGCUGGACAUGCUGCCUCAAUGUUCCUCGAGUGUAGACACACAUGUCAGCAGGAGCUGGUCAAUGAUGUAGGUCUGUCACCAGGGGCGCAGUGCUGAUACAGGUGGAAGAGUCACUGCAACGCAGAGCAGAAGUUGUUCCCGUGAACUGGCACCAGGAAAGGGUUCUAGGAGGAGGUGAGGCUCCAACUGGCCCUUGAAGGAGGAUCAGGGUUUGGCAGGGGUGGGCAGGGGGACAGUACUGAGUUUCCAAUCCCCUUAUUGUCCCUUGGAGCCUCCUCCCACCAUAAGCCUGGGCUCCAGGAGCAGCAUUCAGGCCUGUGACAUAUCCACCUAGGCUGGGCGUUUUAUAGCAGGCCCCCAAGGCUCCUGCUAGGCCAUGUUGUUGGGUCAGGAAAGGACCAAAACAGCAUUCUGUGGACAAGGGUCUUUGAUUAAAACAGUCCCUGAUCUGCUGGAGCCGUCUCCCUCCAUUCCACUCCUUGGGGGCAGUCACCUUCAACGUUAGGAAUUUUCAACUUUCCUUUCUGCCAACACCCCUGGCCCUGGGUCCUGGAUCCAAGGGGGGAUACCUAGAGAGGGCUCCCUCUGCAGAGGUGAUGAUGGAUUAUUGGGCUGACAGAUGUGGGAGCCCACUCCCACUUCCCAAUCUCUUUGCCGCUGUUCUGCUACUUUGACCAAAAGCAAGGUGCUCGCGAUGUAAUAUGGCAUGGAGGUUAAGAGCCAGGCCCUGAGGUCUGGCUGUGUGAUUUGAAUCGCAGCUCUGCUUGUUGUGCAACCGACACUGAGUUUCUUACCUUCUCUGUGCCUCAGUUUCCUCACCUGUGAAAUGGGGUUAGUAAUAGUCCUAGUUACUGUGAGUGUUAAAUGAUGGUGAGUGACAAGCACUCAGCGUGAUGCCUGGUUCUUAGAAUCAGUGGCUGCUGUUUUGGAACAACUACUAUGGGUCAGGGGCGGGACACACGACCACGUGCCAGCCCCAACUUGGUCAGGCUCUGGAGUGUGGGCUCCCUUUGCCCCCCUACUCUGUCUCCUGAUGGGAGCAUCUGUGUCCUUUACUCCCAAAUGCUUGAAACAUCAGGGAGAUGUGACCUGACCUCAUCUAAAUGGCAGAAGGUGUAGGUGUGGCCAGGUUAGCAGGACAUGCUCUGUCUACUGCCAGAUGGGGCUCUCCUGGACCAUCCAGGCUCUGCUGUGCCCUAAGAAGGGAUCAUCCUCAUUCCAGCCUCCUCCCCUUCCUUCAGAGCCCUCAAACUUCUCUGCCUGUCCCAGGUGCUUUCCUGCUCCUUGGACAGUGACAGGACCCAUAUGUAAAUGUCUGCGCAAAUCCCCUGGGGUUAGGUUGCCAGCUCUCCAGGGAGGCAAAGCCACCUCUGGGACCUCCACUUCACAGCCAUGGGAGCCCAGGGCAGGGUGGUCUGCUCCCUGAUCUUCCUGCUGCGGGCCCUGGCUGAGCUGACUGAGAACUCGGAGUUCUACUUGCUUGAGGAUUACCUCCUGGGUGGCCUCUUCACCUUCCAUGCCAACGUGAAGGGCACUGUCCACCUCAACUACCUGCAGGUGCCCAGGUGCAAUGAGUAUGAGAUGAAGGUGCUGGGCUACAACCUCAUGCAGGCCAUGCGCUUUGCAGUGGAGGAAAUCAACAAUGACAGCAAUGACAGCAGCCUGCUGCCCAGUGUGCUGCUGGGCUAUGAGAUGGUGGACACCUGCUACAUGUCCAACAACAUCCAUCCUGUGCUCUACUUCCUGUCACAGGACGACUAUUUCCUGCCCAUCCAGGAAGACUACAGCCACUACAUACCCUGUGUGGUGGCCAUCACCGGCCCUGACAACUCCGAGUCCCCCAUGACUGUGGCCCACUUCCUCUCCCUCUUUCCCCUUCCACAGCCAGGAGCCUGGAUGAGAUCACCAAGGGAAGGGGAGCAGAUGGAGAAGACACAAGGACUGAAGGCUGAGCCCUGGGGUCCCCCAAGGUCAAGAGGUCAUAGAGAAGAGGAGAAGAAGCAACCAGUGAAAGGGGAAGAAAACCGAGACUGUGCCAUCCCAGAGGCUGCGGAAGGAAAUGUGACUAAUCUGAGGAGGACGAUGAUCACCUACGGUGCCAUCAAUGACCAGCUGCAUUUCCCAGCUGUGCUGCGCACGGCGCCAGGUGUGCAUCACCAAAUGGAGACCGUGGUGCAGUUGAUGCGGCACUUCCGCUGGCAUUGGAUCCUUGUGUUGACAAGCAGCGAUGACUAUGGCCGCGGCAGCAGCCAGCUGCUCAGCGAGUGCCUGGCCCACCGUGACAUCUACAUCGCCUGCCGGGAGUCGCUGCCCAUGCCGCAGCCCAACCGGACGAUGACGCAGCAGGAGCGUGAGCGCCUGGAGGCCAUCAUGGGCAAGCUGCAGCAGAGCAUGGAGCGUGUCGUGGCCGUGUCCUCGCCAGACCUGGCCCUGUUCAACUUCUUCCGCGAGGUUCUGCGCCAGAACUCCACGGACUGGGCCAUCGAGCCGGUCCAGCACCACCUCACCCAGCUGCAGCGCACAGGCACCUUCCUGGGCAUCACCACUGAGCAGAGCGUGCCCAUCCCGGGCUUCAGCGAGUUCCGCGUGCACCGCUCCCAGGUCAGCCGGCCCGCGCUCAACAGGAGCAGCCUGGGGGCCACCUGCAACCAGGAGCGUGACACCUGUAUGGACACCUCUGAGUCCUUCAACACCAUCCUCACGCUCUCUGGCGAACGCGUGGUCUACAGCGUGUACUCCGCCGUCUACGCUGUGGCUCACGCGCUGCAGAGCCUCCUGGGCUGCAACCAGACCGGCUGCCACAAGGAGGUGGUCUACCCUUGGCAGAUCGCUGUGUCUGUGUGUUCCAAGGACUGCCAUCCUGGGCAAAAGAAGAAGCCAGCUGUCAUCCACCCCUGCUGCUUCGAGCGUAUUGACUGCCUCUGUGGCACCUUCCUCAACACCGAGCUGCAGUUGCUGUGGGCUCUUGCAGGUGAAUUCGACUGCCAGCCCUGCCCAAGUUACGAGUGGUCCCACAGGAAAGACACCACCUGCUUCAAGCGGCAGCUGGCCUUCCUUGAAUGGCAUGAGGCACCCACCAUCACUGUGGUCGUGCUGGCUGCCCUGGGCUUCCUCAGCACCCUGGCCAUCUCGAUAAUCUUCUGGAGGCAGUUUCAGACGCCCAUGGUUCACUCGGCUGGGGGGCCUGUGUGCUUCCUGAUGCUGACGCCUCAGCUGAUGGCAUACAUGGUGGUCCCCGUGUAAGUAGGGCCGCCCGUGGUCUCCACGUGCCUCUGCCUCCAGGCCUUCUUCACACUCUCCUGCAUCACCGUGCGCUCUUUCCAGGUCAUCUGCAUCUUCGAGGUGGCCAGACGCCUCCCACGGGCCUACGGCUUCUGGGUCCGCUGCCAUGGGCCCUACGUCUUCGUGGCAUUCAUCACGGUGCUCAAGACGGUCAUCGUGGGGAGCAGCAUACUGGCCGUGACCACCAACCCUACUGCCCGCACUGACCCCGAUGACCCCAAGCUCACGACCCUGUCCUGCAACUCCAGCUACCAGCGGGGGCUGCUGAUCAACACCAGCCUGGACCUGCUCGUCUCCGUGCUGGGCUUCGGCUUCGCCUACAUAGGCAAGGAGCUGCCCACCAGCUACCACGAGGCCAAGUUCAUCACCUUCUGCAUGACCUUCUACUUCACCUCCGCCGUCUUCCUCUGCACCUUCGUGUCUGUCUACGAGGGGGUGCUGGUCACCAUCCUGGACCUCUUGGUCACUGUGCUCUACCUCCUGGGCAUCACCCUGGGCUACUUCGGCCCCAAGUGCUACGUGAUCCUCUUCUACCUGGAGUGCAACACGCCAGCCUACUUCAACAGCAUGAUUCAGGGCUACACCAUGGGGAGGGGAUAGCACUCCUGUCAUCUGCGCAUUGGGAUGAGGGCCCCAGCUUUGGGAGGUGGAGGCCAGGGGCUUGUUUGUUCAACUCCAGAUGGAUCCAAGGAAGCCACCCCCAACGAUUACCACCAUGCCCUGGUAUCUGAUUUGGCGUUCCUCCGAGGUUCUCUGCGUCCUGGCCAUUUUUACCCACCUAGCGAUGGAUGUCUAGAAACAUUUGCCCUUCGUUCCUUUCCCUCGAGCUGUUUAGCUUGCCAGGCAAUGCCACCCCAUUCUAGAAAAACAACCCAAGCUGACCUAUUGGUCUCCAAGGACUGAGUCCAGUUUGGCAGCCUACAGCCGCCAUCUGGUGGUCACUGUGGGUACCUGCAGGUUCACGGUGAAGGGACGCCUGCUGGAGGGCUGGGCUGGGGUUGGAGGAUGUGAGCUCAAAUAAUGCUGCCCUGCCUCAUUCACUAGCUGCCCGUGUGUCCGCGCCUCAUCCCCGAGAUUCCCCCAGAGCACGAAUCCCCGGCUUCUCUGUUGUCUCUGAGUACGGCUGAGCCCAUAAAUGCUCGGGAAUAAACCUCGCUUGGGUGAAACGAAUGAGUUUCCUUCUUGUUUUCCGGAGGUCCCCUAAGAAGAUGUGGAAUCGGAGACCUCGGUUUCAAUCCCAGCAUUGCCACUUCCGAGCUGUGUACCUUGGGCCAAUUAUUUACUGCCCCUGAGCCUACACUUCCGCGUCCCUAAAAUGGGAGCAUUGAAGGAUCAGAGACAAGGGGUGCGAAGUGCAUACUCAGUAAAUGCCAACCGUUGCAAAUCCACAUGUCCCUGGAACCAUCAGGGGCAAAAUAAGACUGUGUUUCCUUUUUACACCCUGAUGUCGUCCAUGGUAUAUCUUCUAGUCCAUGGCACUAGCCUCUGUUGGAAACUGGCCCCCACCCAGUAAAUACUGGGUGUUGUUAUGGGGUGCUCGAGCCUCUCACGUGCUCCAGAGCCACUGUGUACCAUGGCACUGCCAAACCCGGGAGAGGCUGCUCUGCUGGGUGUGGCCGUGUGCAUGUCAACCACCCACGAUGGUGGGCUCCAGCUGCAGGAGGGGCCCUGUCUUCCCUGUUCAGGGGUCAGACCUGGCCUCUGACAGCUCACCAGGGAGCCACAACUUCCGUACAACUGCUGCCUGCCCAGAGAGGU